GCACAACUCCGCUGCUACGAUGUGCUAACGGCGCAACGGCGCCGUCGCACCGCCGGAGCGGAUAGACGCUAAGGUCACCUGGCGCUCGGCUCUCGCGCUCGGCUCUCUGAUGUUUGAUGACCAGUUUAGUGUUGAUACAAUGCCUAACCAGCCACUGGCACCUAGCGGCAGCACCAGACUCCAGGGGGUGAGCGCUGAUGAAGGAGAGGAUGAUGCUGAAUACGGGGUUUUGGUUGUCUCUGAUGAAGAGGAACCACAAACUUUUCAGUCUGAUGGGAGUUCACCAGGCAGGAGAAAACUGCACAUCUGUCCUAUCUGCAAAAAGAGCUACCCGCGGCCGUCCAGACUUAAAGAACACCUUAAAAUCCACGCAGCAGAGAAGCUUUACUCCUGUUCUGUGUGCGGCAAGUCCUUCUCUACCACCACCAACCUGAGAGCCCACGAGAAGACCCACAUGGCAGACAAACCCCACCCCUGUACCAUCUGUCCAAAGAGCUUCCUCCGUCCCUGUCUGCUAAAGAAACACAUGAAGAUCCACGUUCGGGAUGGACUCAUAGCUGAGCCCGCUGACAGCACCAGCAAGGUUGAAGAGGAGGCGGAGGAGGAGGAGAGUGCGGAGAGGGAGGUGGAGAUCAAAGAGGAGGAGGGGAAUCCGGAGGAGCAGAGUCCAGACGGCUGGUCCAGACUGUCUCCUGCUAACCAUACCUGCUUGGACUCAGAGAGUUUUGUGUUAAACAACGAGGACGGAGACGUCAGCGGUUUGAUCAACUCAGACGGCGAGGAGGAGGACUGGAAGCAGGCAGUGAAUACGGUCAGCGACAAAGACAAGCGUGUCCCAGAAGACAGUGACAGCAAACCCCGACACUGCUGCCCAGUGUGCGGUCGUGACUGCCAGAAAGCAUCGGCCCUGCAGAAACACCUCCGGAUCCACUCCGGGGAGCGGCCCUACCAGUGCCCCACCUGCAAGAAGAGCUUCACCCAGCAGGUCCACAUGACGGAACACCAGAGGAUCCACACUGGUGAGAAGCCCUACACCUGCAACGACUGUGGCAAGAGCUUCACCUUCUCCAGCGCCCUGCGCAGACACCAGCGGCUGCACAAUGACGACCGCCCCUACCAAUGUCCCCUGUGUCAGAAAAGUUUUAAGCAGCAGAGCUCCCUGAAGAGCCACCAGAUGAUUCACUCAGGCGUCCGCUUCCAGUGCCCCUUCUGCAGCAAGAGCUUCAGCCGUGCACUCGAGCUCAACUACCACGUGGGGAUGCACUCCAAGGCAAGACCCUACUUCUGCGACAUCUGCAAGAAGAAUCUCAGUGGGGCCAGGAUCUUCCGCAACCACAUGAAGAAGCACGAGUUGGGAUCUUUUACAUCUUCUUCUUCUUCUUGGGAAACACAGGAAGGCGAUAUGCUUUCUGACAUCUAGCAACUUGGGAUAACACAUCACUGGAAAAGUAUAUCAGGAUGCUUGUGGUAGCAUUUUUUUUUCUUUUUGGAAAGGUUUAGCCUUUACUGGACAGUAAGAAAAUUAAGUGCAGAAAGAGAUGAGAACAUGCAACAAAGUGAACCCUCGUUUUUUGCAUAGGCCUUUACCAUCACGCUAAGCUCUGAAUUUGUUGAGCCAGCAGGACAAAUGAGCCUAAACAUUUUCCAUCCAUUUAGUGAUUCUUACACAUGAACAUGCAGACACUGCUGUGUACUUUUGAAAAGAGUAGACAGAAAUGCCACUCCGCCCUUCUUCCACUCCAGCCAUUGUUUCAAAAUUAUUUCCUCCUUUUCCUGCCUCACGCCACAGAGAGGUAAAAGGUCAGGGAAAGGCGCUGAGUCUGGAGCUUGUAGAGAUGCAGUGCCUUGCUCAGGAGCUCUUCCUCAAGGCAGAGUUCAUGGAGAAUCAAACCUGGGACUUUAUGGCUACAUGAUCUCUAAGCACAAGUUCUGUCGGAGUCAGCUAAUGCACUUGAGAGGAGUGAGCCAAUGUAAUAAUAUGGACUCGAAACCAAAAGAUAAACCAAACCUGACUUAAAGUUAUAACUUAUAACAUGGAACAGUUUUUCUUUGAUACUUGCUAUUGUUUGCAUUCUGAAGACAACAGCAUAUCCAGAAAGAUCCAAAUUGUGAACGAUUUUUUAGUUACUCGUAAGAGUAAUAGGGAGGAUAGAGAUGAGUUUUAUAUCUUUAUCUCAGCAGCCAAAUGUGUAAAAAUAAGGCAGGUAUUGGUGAGUAUGAGACAGAGGUGGAGUUACAGCAGGAGAAUCUCGCAGAUGAACUUUCCCUAUACAUAGUACAACAUCAAUAAGUAAAACCCAGGUUCAACCCCGUUUCAUUUGUUUGACUCUGGGAAAGGUGCUGAUUUCAUAACUCUGGUGACUGAUCUCAAACGGGUCUCUAGGACUCUUGUCAUUACCACAUAUCGCCACAGGGGGUCAGUAAGCUAAACGAGACAAUCUUUCAGAAGUGUAACUCUAAUUUGAUCUCUUUAGAGUUCAAUAUGUAUGUUAAAGAACCAUCCUGGUAUUUAGCGCAAAGUCAAUGACAUUUGUGUCCAAGCUUCUAUGUAAUCCAGUUUGUCUUGUCUUUAUAGAUCAUCUCAUACUGACUUAUAUUACCAUCAUUUAGGUUCACCAUCAAAUUAAAGCUGUUAAAAUUUCACAAACAUGUCACUUAAGUAGUAUUAUAAAUUGUAUGGAAUUUCAUAGAGUAUCAUGGAGUUUUGAGAAGAAAAUAUUUGAACGUUGGAUAGAGUUGAGGGGCACUUACACCAUCUGUUGGAGGAGAAUGUGGGUUUGGUAAUGAGAUGGUCAUAGCCGAGGUGGUGGAGUUUGGUUAUACAAUACAGUGCUGUCUUUGGACAGCAUUCCUUGCAUUUGCUUCCAAUGAUAUUUAUAAUGUUUUAAGCUCUUCAUAUGGAAAGUGAUUAUUGUUCAUUCUGGAUGCUUUUUAGAAGAAGAAGCUACUUUAUUAUCACUUUUCAUAGAUAGAAUUAAAUUUAUUCUCUGCAUUUAACCCAUCCUCUGUACACACACUUGAAACAGUGGGCAGCCGCAGUGCGACACCCAGGGACCAACUCCAGUUCCUCGGGUUUCAGUGUUAUUUACAGUGCACUAUUAUUGUCCCGUUGUUUGAUGCAAAAUCACUUUUGCAUACACACAUUUUAUGUAUUGUAGUCACAUUAAAUACAGAUUGUUCCUUC